AUGUCCACUCCCCCUCCCUCUACCCCCGCCCCUACUCCCCCCAAACCGCCCGUCCCCCCAGCCGCCCCUGCCGAGCUCACCGGCUUUCGCUCAGCCCUCGCGCACACUGGUAUCCCCCAUUCCGUCCUCACCUACUCUCCGCGCCUUCCCUCGCGCAACUGGCUCAUCUUCUGGUCCCUCUCCAUCUCGGUCACUUCUCUCUACAUAUAUGACCGCCGAGAGUGCAAAAAGAUCAAGGAAGAGACGGUAAAGAGGGUCGAAAAGUAUGGACAGGAGCCUCUGCCCGGAGGAAGCUUGGGUGAGGCGAGGAGGGUCAAGGUCUGGGGAGGCAAGUGGGGUGGUGAUGAGGAUACUGAUAGGGCCAACAGAUACUUUAGAAAAUAUGUCAAGCCAUACCUAGUAGCAGCUGGCAUAGACUACGACAUCCCUGCCAAUCCUCUACACGGAUCCAUCGCCCGUCAGCUCCAUGCCUCUAUUCUCGCCCUCCGCCGUACUUCCCUCUCCCUCGACGCCCCCGCCCCCACUCUCUCUCUUCCCGGCUACAACGCCUCUCCCCUGCAAAAGCUCCAGCGCGAGGUCGAAGGCGGUGUGGUGAUUGUCGGCAGGGCGAGUCUCAAAGAGUACCUGGAAGGCCUGAGGCGGGGAUGGGAGGGCGGUGUCGACAAGUGGGAGUGGGAGCAACAAGUUCGGGAACAGCUCGCAAAAGACGACUUGGCGGUCUUUGGCCCCGAGGAUGCUGCCCCCGCUCCUGCUGCCACCCAAAAUAUCCCUGCUCAUUGGCACGUACCUCCCAUCCCCCUGCCCCCUUCUCCCCCCAUCUGUCUCCUCCCAUUCACAAACCACCUUGGCUUCCUCCAACUGCCCAACAUGAUCUACGACUUUUUCACGGAGCGUCAUAAGGUCCAGGCUGGUGCCGACGCCGCCAUCUCUCUCAUCGAGGGUGGCGUGCGGGAUAUGACGAGGGAAGAUGCCGAGCAUUGGGAAGAGUCUUCUCAGGGUUACUACAACAAGAUGGCGAGGACGACCAAGGACAGGAUGCAAAAGGCACGAGACGACUAUUACGGCGAGUUGACGAAGCGCGUCCAAGACGCUCGGGCCUACGAGAUGGGCGAGCGAGAAAUGACAGAUGAAGAGAAAAAGGCAAACAAGGUGACCAAAAUUGCCGAUCUAAAGGAGGAGAGGGUCAAGCGAGAGCUCAGAUGGAUGGGUAACGAAGAAGGCUGGGACAUUGUCAAGCCCGAUACCCCUGCUACGUGGAGAGACAACUGGGAGGGAUGGUUGAAGGUUUACGACUUGCCCGCCGACGUCAAAGAGAAUGGAUUGUAG